GGGCCAUUUAGUAGUCGGCCUAUAAUAACUUUGACUACACACGUUGCAUUUUGAAGUGAGUUGUGCUGUUGUAUGUGGGUCAGAAUAUAUCAGAGACAUGGCAUUCUCUAAGCAGCAAGAUACAUCACUGGGAAACUGGUCCAGCUUUCAAAUGCGAACAUCGGAUUCGCCCUGGAUCUUUAUCAAACUCUUCAAGAUGAACGGAGAGGUAAAAAUCUGUUCUUCUCCCCUCUCAGCAUAUCGACCGCUCUGGCUAUGACACAGCUAGGAGCCCGAGGUAAUACAGCAACUCAAAUCGCUGAUGUCUUCCGUUUCAAUCAGAUAGACCAAGAUCAACUUCAUGGAACAUUCAAAGAGCUAAACAACUUGCUUUACCAAACAAAUUACGAUUCCCAAAUUCAUUGCGCCUACAGGCUAUAUGGCAAAUCUGGCUAUAACUUCGUUCAGUCAUUUCUUGAAGGAACUGCUUCCUAUUAUGGAGCAGCCAUAGAGGCGGUAAAUAACUUUGAAGCUCCAAUUGCCACUCAAUCAAUCAAUGAUUGGGUUUCAAAGCAGACCGAGGAUAAAAUAAAAAACCUGAUUGCUCCUGGAAUCCUAAAUGAUCUCACACGCCUUGUCCUGGUGAAUGCCAUUUAUUUCAAGGCGAACUGGAAAUCAACAUUUCGUGCUCACAAUACUAAAAAGGAUAAAUUCAAGGUUUUCGAUAUGAGAAAGAAGGUUUUCAAGAGAAAGAAGGUUCCGGUGAGUCUUAUGAGUCUAAAGGGAAGAUUUGAUUUGGCUGUUGACAAAACCAAUGACUGUCUUGUGCUAGAGCUGCCUUAUGAAGGCCACAAUCUGAGUCUAUUGAUUGCUCUUCCCACCAAAGAUGAUGGCCUUGGUCAACUUGAGACGAAGCUCUCUGUGGACGUCCUGCAAUCCUGGGACGCAGGGCUCGAAUGGAGAGAAGUGAACGUACUAUUACCAAAGUUCAAACUAGAAGCAACAUUCCAACUGAAGGAGGUUUUGCAACGAAUGGGAAUGCCCGACGCUUUUGAUGAGGAUAGGGCUAACUUCGAAGGCAUCUCAGGAGAUAGAGAGUUUCACAUCUCUGCCGUCAUCCACAAGGCCUUCGUUGAUAUCAAUGAGGAAGGGAGUGAGGCAGCUGCUGCAACGGCUUUUGGGAUGAAUGCGAUGAUGUCACUCUGUCCACCAGGAGAACGUGAGAAGCCGAUCCUGUUUCGAGCAGACCACCCAUUUCUCUUCAUGAUUCGUCACCGGUCGACGAAAUCGGUCCUUUUCAUGGGACGAAUGAUGGAUCCCUCAUACAUUUUGACCCCCAUGUCCACGCUAUAAAAAUAAUUACAUUUUCUGUUUUGGCAGUUUAAUCGAAUUAACAAAAUCAAAGACUUUUCGUUCAUUACGAUGUUUUCUGAGCCACGCAAAUAGCAUAGUAUUGAUUAAUUCCUUUGUUUAUUCUACAGUGUGCAUGCAAUCAACUCUAUAAGCUUGUAAACAUAAUCUAUUACUUUGGAGAGAUAAACUGUUUAUUAAUCAGGCCAUGACGUCAUAAUAUAAAUGUUUCUUACGUUUUGAUACCCAAUGUUUCUUUUUCUUCAGACGAGAAUCAAGUAAUAGUUGAUGGGUAGAGGUCACUGCUAUCGUAUGCCGAUUACCACAGACUGGUUAUAUUGGUUUUAAUUAUUGCUAUACAACACACUAAACAUAGAACCCAAAAUUUGAAGUUAUUCAACAGUAUUAACAAAGACAAAUGCAUAGGAUAAAAAAAUAUGCGAGUGUUUGAAGAACAAAAAAACUACAACAAUGUAUUGUAAUUUUACAAGGGUUACAUAACAAACGCAUAGCAAACUAUAUUCUUGACAUAUUAUUAUUUUGGGUAUAAAGAUUAUUCAUAAACGGUACUCCCUUUUUUACACAUUAGCCAGCCCAUGGAAUUUUUAUUGGAAGAAUGCGUCAUAAAAAAUAAAAAGUAGGUACCUGACUAAAAUUCAAAAGUAAAUAUCUGAAAAUCCCAUUUACAUAUUAAGUAGCUUUGUUGAACUUGACGGAUACUUUAUUGCUCAUUUACAGAACUUAUUAUGUGUGUAAAUAUUUUAACGGUAUGCCGGAUGAUAUAACCUUGUGCCCACUGACAAAAAUUGAAUCAAACUAUAUAUAUAUCUUGAUUAUAUAUCAUGGAAAAUGAAAAACUCGGCGUGUACGUGUAGAUAUACCGAAACAAACGAUGUCCAUAUGUUCAUAAUGCUUCAUAUAGGCUAUGUUCAUUUUUUUAGUUUAUGUGUUUGAAUCGUCAAAAUGUACCUGCGAGUCUUCAGAAUUCUGUCCUAUAGGCUUUUACGAAUCAGUCGGGUCACGGCGCCUGGAAUCGGGAAACAAAUCCCAUGAGGACCAAAGUUGCCCCGGAUUUAACAUCCUCGAAGACACCCACCGUACAAAAGAUUGUGGUAAUUUUCGGCCAGCACGCCGCCCCGCGAUCCGGCUGUUUAGCAAUAGCCUCGUAGGCACGUACAAUUAAAGCAUAAUGAACUGGAAGAAAUCGAAUCAACUGAAUUCAAUUAAUAUCCAGUGGCUCUACUGGUGAAUAUUUGAAAUAUAUUUUAAUGUGAUGUCAUUGUUUAUCUUGAAUCUAAAAAAAAUGUAGUUUUAAAAUGGAAAUUUUUCUCUACAAAAAAUAAUGUCUGUCUGUAUCUUCCCCUUUCGAAACCUAACACCACAUCGUCUCUGGCAUUUUUUCUUGUUUCUU